AUGGAAUCGGGCAAGGCAUCUGAAAAAGUGGGCGAGCCGCAAGGCCGCCUCCCUGCUGCGGUGCUGCUUCCCCCGACCGGGGAGAAACGAUCAAGACCAUCUCGAGGACAACAUCGAACACCCCGUCGGGGACGACAGAAACCCCGGAGAAGAAAACCACCGUUCAUUUGGUGGAGUCAAUUUCGUCUCUCCAUCCCCGGGGAGAGACGACCAUGCCUGUUCCUGUCGAAGCCACCCCUGCCGGAGCUCCUGAUCGAGUUCCUGUCUGAUCUCGACCUGGUUGAGCACAUGACUCAGCUCCCGUUCGGGUUCCCAUCCAGAUCGGGGCCACGCGACACGAAUGAGGAUCACCUUCGUGAGCCCUCUCACCAACGACGACUAUCGCUCGUAUUUGGCCGGUAAAAAGUCUGUUCCUGCACGUGGGUCUUCGAACCCGGAGCAAAGAAAACCUUCACCUACCAAAUGGACUUCCUGGAAUGCCAAGCAAGAAUCACCGGCUUCAUGUCCAUCCAGUCCAUCAACGGAUCACGCG